AUGAACACAAUGGAACCUCCGAUUGAUAUACUGAUAUUUGGAGACCAGACAGGAGACUAUAAUGCUGUCUUCCGCAACAUUUUCCAAGCUAAGGAUGAUGUUCUACUUUCAGCUUUUCUUGGAAAGGCGUACAAAGCACUGAGGCAUGAGGUCCCUCGCCAGCCGUCCACAAUUCAAGACAACAUACCCAGCUUUUCGAGCAUCAACGACUUGGUUGGCAGGUAUGCGGAACCAGGCAGAGCAAAGUCAAAUGCUCUUGAGAGUGCACUUACAUGUGCAUCACAACUUGCGUGCUUUUUCAGUGGCAAUGAAGUUACUGAAAUCUUUCAAUCAAUUGCUACCAAUACCCUAGAUAAUCAUGCAGUACGAAUACCCAUAUCCUCAACUUCAGCCUCAAAUUGGUACUCGACCCAAACCUUGAGAGAGACUCUCUACGACCUCAUUCGCGACAUCCUUGUGAACCCUCUUCGCUGGGAUCUCGUAUUGGACAAUGUCGCGAGUGAAGUCAAGGAACGCGACGACUACCACUGCAAUAUCAUACGACUAGGGCCAUCGACUGCUGCGCAAAGUCUCAUCUCUGCGUUGAAAGGGAAAUCACGCGAGGUCACUUCAGAUGACCGCUUUGCUUACGGACCAACCCGUCAAGAAGGCGACGACAAUAACAAGUCGCGACCUAAGAUCGCGAUUUGUGGCUUGUCGGGGAGAUUUCCAGACGCUGCUGAUCACGAAGCUUUCUGGAAGCUACUUGAAAAGGGGCUUGAUCUACACAAAGAAAUUCCAAAGGACCGCUUUGAUACCAAGACCCAUGUUGACCCGGAUGGUAAGAGGCCAAACACAUCUCACACCCCUUUUGGCUGCUUCAUUGAUGAGCCUGGUCUCUUCGACCCUCGCUUCUUCAAUAUGUCUCCUCGUGAGGCGGCACAGACGGAUCCAAUGCACAGACUGGCUUUGGUGACUGCGUAUGAGGCACUUGAGAUGUCUGGGUAUGUGGAGAACCGGACGGCUUCAUCGAAACUGGACAGGGUUGGUACAUUUUACGGCCAAACCAGUGACGACUGGAGAGAGAUUCAAGCAGCGCAAAAGGUCGAUACUUACUUCAUUCCUGGCGGCGUCCGAGCUUUUGCACCAGGGCGCAUCAACUACUUCUUCAAUUUCAGCGGGCCGAGCUUUUCGGUUGACACUGCCUGUUCCUCUAGCCUAGCUGCAAUACAGCUGGCUUGCACUUCACUUAUAACAGGCCAAUGCGAUACAGCGCUGGCAGGCGGAAUGAAUGUGCUCACCAAUCCCGACAUCUUCAGCGGUCUUAGUCGUGGACAAUUUCUGUCGAAGAAAGGUCCAUGUGCCACGUUUGACGACGGGGCCGACGGCUACUGUCGAGGCGAUGGCGUCGGCAGUGUAGUCUUGAAAAGACUCGAGGAUGCACAGGCAGACAAAGAUCCCAUCCUGGCUGUGAUCCUUGGAGCUGAUACCAAUCAUUCUGCGGAAGCGGUCAGUAUCACACAUCCUCAUGCUGGGGCUCAGAAAUUUCUCUAUUCAAAGAUCUUGAAUAACGCGGGAGUUGACCCUCAUGAUGUCUCUUAUGUAGAAAUGCAUGGUACCGGGACUCAAGCAGGCGAUGCCAUCGAAAUGGAUUCCGUCAGCAAUACCUUUGCUCCAAGGCACCGACAGCGAGGAAAAGAUCAAAGCGUCCAUCUCGGAGCUGUCAAGGCAAACGCUGGUCAUGGAGAAGCCGCUUCAGGUAUCACUGCGCUCAUCAAAGUACUUACCAUGUUGGACAAAAAUAUGAUACCGCCUCACUGCGGGAUCAAAGACAAGAUCAAUCGGACAUUUCCAAAGGAUCUCGAGGCUCGCAAUGUACAUAUUGCGCUCAAGCCCACGCCAUGGAACAGACCAAAUGGCAAGAAACGAAGACUCUUCCUGAACAACUUCAGUGCAGCUGGAGGUAACACCGCUCUGCUGUUGGAAGAUGGCGAUAUCAAGUCUGCGCCGUCUGUAGAAGACAAGCGAUCUACUCAUGUCGUUGCAGUAACUGCCAGGACAAAGGUGUCUCUCACGAGGAACGUCGAGAGUCUUCUCAGCUAUCUGGAAGAGAAUGCUCAGGUGACGCUACCGAGCCUUUCUUACACGACCACAGCUCGUCGCACUCAACAUACCUUCCGCAUCACAGUAGCAGCAUCUGACCUCGGCACAAUCAAGCAGAAACUGAAAUCCUCGUUGGACAAGGAUAUCCAACAAGUGCCCAAAGUAGCUCCGAAAGUCACUCUCAUGUUUACUGGGCAAGGCUCUCACUAUGUUAGUAUGGCGAAGCAGCUCUUCGAGACUUCUCCUCAAUUUCAAUCCGACAUCGCAAAGUUCGAGAAAAGCGUCAAAUUGCAAGGCUUUCCUUCAAUAUUGCCAUUGAUUGAUGGUUCAGUCACCGACAUUAGCGCCUUACCAUCGCUGGUCGUACAACUUGGUGCUACAUGUGUCCAGAUGGCCUUGUAUAGGCUCUUCCACUCGUGGGGUAUUGAGCCUGCCGUCGUUGUUGGUCACAGUCUCGGCGAAUACGCUGCCUUGAACGCGGCGAGCGUUCUCUCCGCCAGUGACACAAUCUACCUGUGCGGAACAAGAGCCAAAUUAUUGCAAGAGCAUUGUCAGCCUGGUACUCAUUCUAUGCUCGCCAUCAAAGCAUCUGUCGCAGCGCUAAGCGACUAUGUGAAUCGUGAAGGGUGUGAGAUAGCUUGUAUAAAUGCGUCCGAAGAGACCGUCAUGAGCGGACCUAAUGAGGCGAUGGACAAUCUGGUCAAAGAUCUGAAAGACAACGGCUUCAAAGCAACCAAGCUCUCCAUCCCGUUUGCAUUCCAUUCGGCGCAAGUUGAGGCGAUCCUGGAUGAGUUCGAAGCCAAGUCCAAAGGCGUCGCCUUCAAUAAGCCAUCAAUCCCCGUCAUCUCUCCACUUCUCAACAAAGUCGUCACUAGUGAGGACGAACUUCCAUUCAGCGCUUCCUACAUGCGCGAUCAUUGCCGCAAAACUGUCAAUUUCCUUGGUGGCAUCGAAGCCGCGAAACACGAGGGCCUUAUCGAAGAUAGCAGCCUAUGGCUUGAAAUUGGUGCUCAUCCCAUCUGCACGGGCAUGGUUAAAGGUACUCUGGGGCCUCAGAUCAAGGCUGCAUCAUCUCUUCGCAAGAAUGAGGAUGAUUGGCAAACCAUUGCAAACUCCAUGUGCACGCUGAAUGAUGCUGGCCUCAAGCUCAAUUGGAAUCAUUAUCACGAGGACUUUGAUGAUGCCCAUGAGCUUUUGAAGCUACCAACCUACCAAUUCGACAACAAGAACUACUGGAUUGAGUACACUAAUGACUGGACGUUGUCAAAAGGCAACGCAGAGAUCGAGGCUAAUAUCCCGAAGCCCAAGUUCGAGGCAGCUUCGGUCGAUCGCAUCGUGGAAUUGGACCUCAAAGCUGAAAGCCCAACGAUUGUAGGCGAAGUCGAUCUCACCAAGUCAAUACUGAAAGAAUGUAUCGAAGGCCAUGAAGUCAAUGGCCUAGGCUUGUGUCCUCCAGUAAGCGAUCCCUUUUCCCCUUUCCCCUCAACCACUUUCCAGAGCGAAUCUAACACCCCACUUCAGUCCCUCUACUGCGACAUGGCCCUCGUAGUAGCCCAACACUUCUACACCCAACUCCAUCCCGACACCACUCCACCCUCCCUCAACGUCAAAUCCAUGAUCGUGCAAAAACCCCUCAUCGUCUCCGACUCCGGCCCGCAACUCUUCCACAUCGUCGGCACGUACCAAAAACCCACCAACACCGUCGACUUCAGCUUCCACAGCUUCAACUCCUCCACCGGUAAACGCACGAUGCUGCACGCCAACUGCGCCGUCGCCUACGAAAACAGCGCUGACUGGUCCGCCGGCUGGGAACGCAAUAAAUACAUGGUCCAGACCCGCAUUGACCACCUUCUCAAAGCCCUCGACAGCGGGGAGGACGUGGAUCUGAUAAAGCGCGGGAUGGCCUACAAGCUCUUCGGCGGGCUCAUUCAUUACGGCCAUAAAUACCGGGGCAUGGAAUCCGUGGUCUUGGACAACGAGAACCUCGAAGCCACUGCCUCCGUCAAAUUCCAGACGGGGGGCACGGACGAUGGGUUUCUGUGCAGUCCGUACCGAACGGACAGCGCGGCGCAUCUUUCGGGAUUCAUCAUGCUAGGCAAUCGUAACGCGCAGCCGAGUAAAGAAGUCUAUGUCUCGCACGGAUGGGACAAUUAUCGAGUCCUCCGCCCCCUUACAGUCGACAAGACUUAUCGGUCGUAUGUCAAGAUGCACCAGGAGAGUGCCAAAGCGGUGGUGGGCGAUCUCUACGUCUUUGACGGCGAAGAGAUCGUCGCUGUGGUGGAGGGGCUGCGGUUCCACAAUAUGCCCCGCCAACUCAUGGACUCACUCCUCGCGGCUGCGUCGGGGAAACCUGCUGCUGCCAAACCCAAACCCAAACCUGCUCCUCCAGCGAAGAAACCACAUGCCUCAGCUUCGGAAAAGCCGAAAUCUCCCGCCCCAGCCCCGGCUGCGGCAACCAAACCUACCUCCACAGGCCUCACCGCUAAGGCUAUGGAUAUCAUCGCAGACGAACUCGGCGUCCCCGCCACCGACCUCAGCGACGGCAGUGCCUGGGCAGAUCUAGGCGUCGACUCCCUCCUCUCCCUCAACAUCUCGGGGAAAUUCAAGGAGGAGUUAGGCUUGGAUGUUGCCUCCACCUUAUUUGUGGAUUUCGCGACCGUGGGGGGGUUGAAGGGGUUUUUGGCGGAACAUGAUGGCGGCGGUGAAGGUGCUGGAGCUGGGGGCAGUGGGGGUAGGAGUGUAGGGAGUAGCUCAGGAGAAUCGUCGCCCGAGCGAUCGGAGAGCGGCAAGGGGGAGGGGGAGGGGGAGAGUGUGGCGAGCGAUGAGGUGCCGCCUACGACCCCACCCCCACCAGCCGAAGAGGGCGGUGUCAAGAAUGGAGGCGAGGUGAGGGGAGGGAAGGAGAAAGCGUUACUGAACAGCAUCCACGCAACGGUAUCAGCUGAGCUCGGCGUGAAGGAAGGGGAAUUGGAUGCGACGGCGGAUUUGAGUGCGAUGGGAAUGGAUAGUUUGAUGAGUCUCAACGUCCUGGGCAAACUAAAAGAAGACACGGGCGCGGAUCUACCGAGUGAUUUCUUUGCGAACCAUGCUACGCUGAAGGAUAUAGAGGGUGCGCUGUGA